AUCUGUUCAAAAUGGCGAUGGGUCGCACUCAAUUUUUGUGAAGACUUGGGGCGAUCCUUCUUAAAAUACGACAACCUGUGUGAAACAGUUGUUUAUAAAAUGACUUCUCUUCAUUUUGUUGUUCAACCACUACCGGGAACUGAUGAUCAACUAAACGAAAGACUUGGAGAAGUUGCUGCUAAAUUGAGUCAUCAUGGAUUUACCAGCCCAACAUGUCUGUCAGCACUGAAGAAUCUAGUUAUAUCACAAUGUGUGAUUGGACCAAACUAUAUUGCUCUUCUUCUAGAGAAUGGCCGAAUCUGCCGUGUGCCUUUCACGCUGGUGACAGACAGACUUGACCUCAGCAAAAACAAUGACAACAAAACGAAGCCCAGUAAACCAGAGAAGCCAGAGCGGAACCUGUCUCGGAAUGGCACACUGGUCGUGGAGAGCCCCCUAGUGUUGGUGUCAGAUGCUCUGGGAUCAGGCACAGCACAGGCUGUUGGAACAUGGCCAGGCUCACGAGGUGGAAGUGGAGGCGUUGGCAGCAGCAGUGGCGGCGCCAGCAACCCCACAUCCCGCAACAACAACCAGCAGGGCUACAACCGCAUGCAGCGUACAGUGCAUGUCAGCAGAGGUCGGAGGUCAGGGGUCAUAGUUGGAGCACGUCCUCUUGUACCUGCUUCAGUAGUCCCUGAAGAACUCAUAAAUCAGUGUCAAGUAGUACUACAAGGCAAAUCACGAAACCUUAUCAUUAGAGAACUGCAGAGAACGAACCUUGAUGUGAACAUGGCUGUGAACAACCUGCUGUCCCGAGAUGAUGAAGGCGAGGGGGACGAGGAAGACAGCCAGGACUCCUACAUGCCCGAUGACCUCAUCUCCCUCCUGGACAGCGGCAUGCAUUCCGACCACCCCAGUGUCAUCAUCGAUGCUGAUGCCAUGUUCAAUGAAGACAUGUUUGGCUACAGCUCACUAAGAAGUCGUGGCUCGGGCACAAGGUCCAGGCUAGGUGAGCGAGAUAGGGACCUUGAUCGGGACCGAGAGCGGGAGUCCAUCUUUCGUAUACGUGACCGUCGCCGUAUAGAGUCAUCAUUCCGCGAGGACCCUCUGAAGCCCUUAGAUAGAGAUAAAUCAGACAAUGUCAGUGGGGAAUCCAGCAAGAAGUCCACAACACCAUCACAGAGCCCUCUCAUUCUUGGGGAGGACUUGCAGUGGUGGUCAGCCCAGGAUGCAGAUGAUCCACGGUUUACUCACAUCUCAGCAAUGCACUCGGAACUGGUUGCUGUGGGGUCUAAUGGUCGUCUGUAUGGCUGGAAGUGGUCCGACCCUGAUCCAUACAAACAUCCAGAUAACCCCAUCAUCCACCAUGCUAAGACUGCCAGCCUUGGGCUGACCAAUGAGAAGGUGACCGGCCUAUCAACAUGCAGUGUCCGAGCAUCUGUGUGCACCGAAUCUGGCAAGGUGGCGACGUGGAUGGACGAAGCCCUCAGCCAGGUUGCUGUGAAGCUAGAACACUCUGCUCAAAUGUUCAGUGAGUUCCAGACAGACAAGAUUGUGUCCCUACACACAUGCUCCCUGUAUACCUGUGCCAGACUGGAGAGUGGGGCACUCUACUGGUGGGGUGUGAUGCCAUUUUCUCAGAGGAAACGUCUGUUAGAAAAAACAAGAUCAAAGAAAAAGAAAUCCAAGGAAUCAUCAGGAAGCACAGAAAUUGGUACUGGUUCACUGGUAUGUCUGCGAAGUGCCCCAAUGUACCAUGCUGGAGCCAUGGCCUUCACUACAGUCGAUGGUGUCCCUAAGGUGGGGGUGCUGCUGGAGUCCGCAUGGUCCCUAGCAGACACCUGCAGGUUUAGACUGAAAACACAAGUCAGUGAAGCAAGGCCAGAUUUUCGGCCAGAGAUCAAAGUCCCGGACAGUAAGCUGGAGAUGCCACCUCCAUCACCUGCGUCAUCAGUGGGAAGCGAACACAGUAGUGCCUCACUCACCACACCCAUGUCUCUCAAGCGUAAGAAGGCUCCGACUCCAUCCCGUGAGGAGGACAAGAAGGAAGAGGAGAGCUGGGCUCUGAAGAAUGUUGUAUUUGUGGAGGACAUCAAGACAGUCCCGGUCGGCAAGGUCCUCAAGGUGGAUGGUGCCUAUGCUGCAGUGAAGUUCCAGGUGAAAGACACUGGGGAUCUGUCUGCUCCCAUUCCUGGGCGCGGUGGCAGCAGCAGCAGUGGGGGCGAGGAUGUCAGUAGCCUCCUGCAGGACUGCCGUCUACUGCGUAAGGAUGAGUUACAGGUGGUGAAAGGUUCCAGUUCCCCACGGAUUCCAGACUGUUUCCAGAAGACCCCCAAGAAAGUGACAGUGGUGGAGAAUGCACACAUCUUGUCUGUCUCUGUAGACUGUGAUGGUAUCCAUGUGAUAGCUCGGUCAGGGUCCCGCCUCAACUACUUGGUGUACAAUCUCAGCUCAGGCAAGGUGGAGCAGAAUUGCCUCUUCCCUACUGAUGCCAGCUCCUUCUUGGGUCUGGGGACAUCAGACAUCAAGCUGCACAACAGCGGCAGUGAUGUGCCGUCACCUCUACAAGAUGGAAAUGGUGCCAUCUACCCAAUGGCUAAGGACUGCUUGGAAGGUAUCCGGGAUCCGAUGUGGCUUGAUCUGCCUCCAGUCCGGUGCCUGAACGUCCGAGUACAGUCACUCAGCAACACUGGAGCCAACAUGAAGAACAGAGCAGCAAUAAUAGCACUAGCUGUACAGCACCAAACACUGUUACCACAUAUCCUGCGCUGUGACGUGGACCAGGUGAAGACUAUCCUGACUGCUGUAGAAGAAGAUGUUAAUUCAACCAGCCGAGAGCAAAAACUCCAGGAAAUUAUUCGCGAACACUGUGAUGGAAGUCGUAAUAUCCUCCACACAACUGUUGCCAUGUGUGUGCCAACUUCCAACAAAGACUAUGAUUCAGACACUCCCCCUGGUGGAGGCAAUAGCUUCAGCUCCACCCUAGAGGCCAUCAAUGCUGUAAGCAAUGCUGUGGAUGCCCUGGCUUCUAUACAGUCUCGGUCAGGGGACUCCGGCAGUCGAAGUAUGAGCGUUCGUGAGUUAAUCCGUCGGGCAUCUUCAGCAGCAAGGGGUGUGAGUGGCCUGGAGGCUCGGGACCCUGACAGGGAGGAUUCUGGAAUAGCAAUACCUACCCUUAACUGGCCAGCAGAUCCCCCAAGCUAUGACUCCCUGCAUUCUGAUGCUGAGAGGCCAAGUCUGUCUCGCCAGUCUUCAAGCAGUCUGCCAGGGAGCCUAAGCUCCCUCCAUCUGCCUGAGUUCAGUACUGUCAGCGUCCCACCAGUCCGUCUUGAGGACAAGGAGAGGCGAACCAAUGCUGUCCAGAUACUAAAACUGCUGUGUGACAGUCCCCUGUUACAGCCACACCUAGUGGAGCUGCUGUCUUCAAGGAAUGCUGAGGGCUGCACACCGUUCAUGCAGGCAGUCCGAGGUAGGGCAUAUCCUGCUGCCCUCACCCUCCUGGAUGCAGCCAAGAAGAAGGCUACAGAGGAUGUACCGGAGGUGGACCGGAAUCUGCUGAUGAAGAUGAUCUACCCCCAGGGCUCCAGCCUGGACAACUCCCCGCUACAGGUUGUGUGCUGUAAUGACACCUGCAGCUUCACCUGGACCGGGGCGGAACAUAUCAACCAGGACAUCUUUGAGUGCCGCACAUGUGGACUGACAGGCACCCUAUGUUGCUGCACAGAGUGUGCCAGGGUCUGUCAUAAGGGACAUGACUGCAAACUGAAGAAAACGUCCCCGACAGCGUACUGUGACUGCUGGGAGAAGUGCAAGUGCAAGGCACUGAUUGCCGGACAGCAGGGGGCCAGACUCACGCUCCUCAACAGGCUCCUUACAGAGACCGAUCUUGUCACACUCAAUAACAGCAGAGGGGAGAACAUCCUGCUGUUCCUGGUGCAGACAGUUGGACGGCAGAUUGUGGAACAACGUCAACAUCGGCCAUCUCGAACACGUGUCACAACAUCCCGGAAAACUCCCAUGUCAGAUCUAGAUGUGGAUAUGCCUGAACAUGACCUAGAGCCGCCACGCUUCAGUCGCAGAGCACUUGAGCGGAUCCUUAAUGACUGGACAGCGGUCAGGGGCAUGAUUCUAAGUGGAGACAGACAGCAGGGUGCAAGCAACAGCAGCCCUGAUGCUGUGUAUGAAGACCAGAUGUAUCUGGGGAGUCAGAGCGGCACCACCAGACUGGACAAGUUCACCCACUGCCUGCUGGUCAAGUGCAGUGUGGAGAUGCUCGACACCCUACUGACAACACUGAUCAGGGAGAUGCAAAAUGAGUCUAUACCGAAUCGCAAAGAGGAGGCAAAGCAAGUUGCUAGACGAUUCAUCCGCUCUGUAGCAAGAGUCUUUGUCGUUCUCAACAUCGAGAUGACCCCUGGCUCCAGCAAGCGGAGAAGCCCAGGCCUAGCUAACUGCCAGCCCCUCCCCCGAUGUAAAAGAGCAUUCCAAGCCCUGGUGACCAUCAGCGUGGAAGAGCUGUGUAAGAUAGCGGAGUCCCUGAUCACCCCUGUGAGGAUGGGAGUGGCCAGACCCACAGCUCCCUUCUCCCUAGUGUCAGCCAACGUGGAGGCGGUACAGGGAAGUGAGGAGCUGUUCAGUGUAGACCCACUGCCACCACGACCAUCUUCCGCAGAUGCAGAGGCACCCCCGACCAUUCCUUCCUCGUUCUCAGUCACCGCUGCCCCAAGUCAUCAGACAGGACGGGUAAGGGAACAAGACAUGGAUGAGAUCGUGUCGGCUGAGGCAGAGGAGGUUGAGAUUGUUGACAACAUGGCAGUGGUGGAGGACGACCAGUCAGAUCAUGAGGACAGACAAUCUGAACACUCUGACCAUGAUGGCGAUCAGCCGCCAGUGGACCAGGAAGAAGGUCAGGCUGAGAGUGACAUGGAUCUGGAUCUCCUGGCCGAGUCUGAGAGUGACAGUGACAGUAGCCGUAGUAACCAGGACAAUGCCAGCGUGCAGCGCAGUGCUGUCACGGCAGCAACUGCAGGAUCUGAUGCAGGUCUAGGAUCUCUGGCUCACUUCUCGGAGGACUCCGGAGAAUCCUCCAAUCAGGAGGAUGACUAUGAGAGUGAGGGAGGUGAAAGUGAAGAACACGACACUGAUGAGUUUGUCUAUCUGGAUGAGCAACUGGAACGUCGAAAUCCACCUGGUUCCCAUGGACAGCGCACCUUGCAGCCACCCCAGACGAUGCAGUGGGCUAUCCGUCAGCGUGAACCAAGUCUCAACCCACGUGUACCCACAACAACAGCUACAGCCAACAGCACUGAAGGAGAGCGCCUGAUCCAGCGGUCAGCUGUGUCCCUCACCCAGUCGUCCAUCCCCUCCUCCACCAGCAGGACAACUAGAAGGGUGGGAGCAAACUCCGUCGAUAACUUCUCGGGUGGCAGUGGUUUGAUUUACAUUGACCCCUCCACACUCCGUCGCACCACUACUGUGACUACAGCAACGCCAACAAACCAGGAUAAUGCUGUAACUAUGGCAACUACAGUGGGACAGUUAGCACGAGCAUUUGGUAUCAUUAUACGUCAGAUAACUGACAUGCUGAACACACUGCCAACCUACGCUGCUACAGCACCCCUGCCAUGUGUUCUCAAUGUGACGGAGCAGGACGCAGCAGAUUUGCAGUCCUACUUGGAGCGUCACCUUAAGCUCACCUGGGACUGGCUCAUCUCCGUCAUGGACUCUACAGAGGCACAGCUGCGCUUCGGCAGUGCCCUCAGCAACAACACCGACCCCGCCAUGCCCACACAUCCCAACUACUCCAGCUACAUGAGGAACACCAGGGAGAGGCCCAACCGAGAAUUCUUUUCAGAGAUGCGUCCUUGGGCAGCAGAUGGACUCGAUGAAGUCCUUGCCGUUCGUGAGUCGGUUGGAGGAGGUCCGGCAGGAGUUCCUCACCCACUCGGGCGAGUGAGAAGUCGAGGAAUUGAAAACCUCAUUCAGGCAUUUCCUCUGGCAGAUCAGCCACAUCUUCUUCAGCCAAAUUCUCGUCGUGAAGAUUUAUUUGGUAUGGCAAGACCAACAAUAUUGCAGCCAAAACACUCAGUAGAUGCCAGUGCUAGCUCCCCAAAUACAACAAACAGAUUUGAGAAGUUGCCAAUCCACCUCUCUCUCUCUAGUCCCAUGGAUGACAUAUCAGCCAAUACAUGUUCAAUUGCCACCCAGACUGCUCAGGUACCAGCCAGUGGCAGUGGUCAGACUGCUGAAACCCGGACCGACACACCAGCACAAGCACCAUCAGAUGCUCCUAUCAGCACUGGGGUCAUUGUACGACCUAACAUUCCCAGCAUACCUUCAACUUCCUCCACCCUAACCACGGAACUGCCACCAGUGUCAUCGAUGGACACUUCCUCCCCAGCUCCUCUUAGUCCCAGUAUGAGCUUGAUGAGGUCUGACCUGCAACAAGCCAGUGUGAUUGUACAUGCUGGAUCCACGCAGGCGUUGCCAGUCCCCCCUCCAUCAGGGUCCAUGUCGGAUGAACAGAGUCAGGAGAUGAUGCCUGUGCCCAUGGAUGUGGCCUCCAGUUCAACAUCCGAACCCUCUACACUGCCUUCCUUCAGUGCUGACCCAGCACCGCCUGUGGAGAGCCCGGUGGAUCUAGUUGGAGCCAAUGAGAAUGUAUCCAACACUGUGGACAUUGAGACUUCGUCAACAUCUGCAUCCAUGUCCCUCAGAGCCAGACAACAAAGUGUGAUUGGACAGCAAGUGUCACACGACGUGUUGUUGGGGCGAUGGCGACUGACUUUAGAUCUGUUUGGUCGUGUGUUCUGUGAGGAUGUUGGGGCUGAGGUUGGGUCUGUGAUCAGUGAACUUGGUGGCUUCCCUGUCAAGGAGAGCCGCUUCCGUCGUGAGAUGGAGAAACUGAGGAACUCUCAGCAAAGAGAUCUUACUUUAGAUGUUGAGCGAGACAGGAAUUCCUUGCUACAGACCACUUUCAAACAGCUGAAUACUCACUUCAACCGGCGAACCAGUACUACUGGCCCACCCUUGGCUGUGCACAGGGUGAAGGUCACAUUCAAGGAUGAGCCUGGCGAAGGUUCAGGGGUUGCCAGGAGCUUCUAUACAGCAAUAGCCCAUGCCGUGUUGUCCCAGGAGAAGCUGCCGUCCUUGGAUGGGAUCCUUGUUGGAGGAGGGAAGAGCUUCCAAUACACAACAUAUGGACUCUGUGAGUCUGUUGGAGGGCUCCGGCAGGAGUUCCUCGCUCACUCCGGACGAGGGGCGGAGAGUCAGGGGGACGUGGUUGAUCCCCUCUUGUCUGGUUCCCGUGUCCGGUUCGACUUGCCGGAGCUUGUGCGGAGAUACCAGCUUGGGGAGGAAUCCCUGUUCGUGGUACCCAUCGUGGACGAGUGUGUUUUCACUUCCGUCGCCCUGGGGCUCUGGCUGCUUGGCAAGGCUCCGGCUUACGGCCCACCGUUUGCCACUUUUGCUCAAGCAUCCCCCUGCGGCAUCGUGCGGACCUACGAGGAGGUCACCGAACGCAAUGCAGCAGGUUUGGUUAAAUGCCCCAAAGUCAGGUUGCUGCAGCCGUCACUGGCUGCCAAGAUCACUGGCAUGUUGCUGGAGCUGUCCCCAGCACAGUUGUUGCUGCUGUUGGCGUCGGAGGAGUCCCUGCGGCAGCGUGUUGAUGAAGCUGUGGACAUCAUCAUGUCACAUGGCAGGGAGAUGAGUGCUGAGACACUGCUGGACCUGGACAUCUUCAACCUGUCCUCCGACAAAGCCAAGAAAGGAGGAAGUGGAUCAGAUCGCCGUAGUGAUGGAGAGGAAGAGGAAGACCUGGAGGAUAAUGCACCAUUGCUAUGGCAACCUGGAAAGCAUGGCUAUUAUUCACCACGGCCUGGAAAGAACACUCCUGAGAGGCUUAAUGCAUUUAGGAAUAUUGGCAGAGUCAUCGGCCUGUGCCUGCUACAGAAUGAGAUCUGCCCCAUAUUCUUCAAUCGCCAUGUCCUCAAGUAUGUCCUGGGCCGGAAGAUAGGCUGGCAUGACCUGGCCUUCUUUGACCCUGAGAUCUACGAGAGCCUGCGUACACUGCUGGAAGAUUCAGAAACCAAAGACGCUUCACUGAUGUUCACAACUCUUGACCUGAACUUCUGUGUGGAGCUCUGUGCUGAAGAGGGUGGAGAACAGCUGGAGUUGAUAUCAGGAGGUGCUGAUAUUGAAGUGAAUGCCCAGAAUGUCCAUGACUAUGUUCGCAAAUAUGCUGAGUACAGAAUGGUCAAAGUUGCUGAAAAAAAGUCUGCGGCACAUAAGGCAGGUGUCUUUGAUGUGAUACCACAGAACUCACUGGAGGGGCUAACCUCGGAGGAUCUGCGGCUGCUUCUCAAUGGUGUUGGUGAUAUCGAUGUACAAACUCUCAUAGGGUACACCAGCUUCAACGAUGAGAGUGGUGAGAGUGCUGAACGAGUCCAGCGCUUCAAGAGAUGGCUGUGGUCAGUGGUGGAGAAGAUGACCAACCAAGAGCGACAGGACCUGGUCUACUUCUGGACAUCCAGCCCUGCCCUGCCGGCUAGUGAGGAAGGCUUCCAGCCCAUGCCCAGCAUCACCAUCCGCCCUGCAGAUGAUGACCAUCUCCCCACGGCCAACACCUGCAUCUCACGGCUGUAUAUCCCUCUCUACUCAACCAAAGUCAUUCUUAGAGCCAAGCUCCUAAUGGCAAUCAAGACCAAAGCAUUUGGAUUUGUCUGAUCAUCUAAUCCAAGUGUAUUAGCAUCACGAUUGUGCUAGUGGCUUUAAACAAAUAUAUUGAAAAGGCUGGAAAUACACACCAACUUGACAUAUAUAUAUCACAUGCUGUCAUGGAAUUUGGAUGGCGUUGGACAGAGGAUGUAAAGGGAGGUUACCUUGUGUAACAGACAUGGAUGCUUCUGUGACAUGGGUCAAGGUCAUGGCAAGGUGAACCUCUGAAAUUGUGCCAAUAUUAAUUUUCUUGACAGACUGAACUGGUGUGCCAUGUUUGAAGUCAUGGAUAGUCAUGGAACAAACACUUGAUCAAUCUGGUGAGACCAAACUUUAUCCUAUUUAUGAUGUCUAUGUCUAACAAGGGCAAUACAAUAACUGGGAAGUGCCUGGAGGAAGUUCCCUGCGUGAAUGACUGAGAGGCUGGAGGGAGCAGCUGCUUCUUUUUCCACCGUUUUGAUAUGUCUGAAUAUCAAGAACGUACACCAAAGCCCUACAACUACCAUCUUCAACAAAUAAGAAAACAGAAGUGCAGCUGAUCAAGCUCAAGGACUGUUUAAUGUUCGCUUUAUACCUUUUUUUGUACUAAGUGCAAGGAAGCAUAGGAUUAUCAGUGUUGUGUCACAGUGUCUUAUAUGUAUAUUGUUCAGUCUCUUUUUCCAGAUUGCUAAUUCACAUGGAUUUGAAAAGCCAUUUGUGUUGGUGUUUGAGGGUUUGCAAAGAUACCUAUAUGCACAAUGUGUUUCAGUUGUUGUGCAGUCCAGAUGAUUAGAGACCCUUGUCAACAACACUGAGCCAGGGUUAUAGCAGGGUGUUAAGCAUCAAGCAAUACUGUCACUGUGAACAGGGAAGACGAUAAUCAGUACCAUAAUUUGCAUUUAAUGAUGUUUUCAGUGUUCUGAUUGUAUACAGUUUUAUAACAGAAAUCAGAGGAUUUGUGAGUGUAUUUGUGUGAUGUGUGUAUGCUAGAAUGAGGACAUGAUGCAAGUGAAUGGGUUACUAAUUCAGGUGUAUGUUUACACUAAGAAUAUUGUCUUUCAGAAUCAAAUUUUCUUUUUGUUGUAAAAUAUCAUUCCCAUGUGAUGUGAGAGCAUUUCGGUCAAUAUUUCGGAGGUUUUUAUGGAGAUCAUACAAAAUGACCAGUUAUUGUUAUGAACAACACACUCUUGCAACCACAGACAGUAUUUGCAGAUGAAACACGUAGGACUGAUGUUUUCAAGCAUCAGUACCAUUCUGAUGUGCUCUCACUGGAACAUGGCCAACAGAUCGUGUAGUUGUACCUUAGAGAUGUAUAAAGAGAGACUACCACAUAUAUCUGUGAAAGCUAGCGUUGUGAGUGUUGUGACUUAUUGACGGUGCUACAGCUUGCUAUAUGAUCUCUUUAUAUGACUAGCUAGGACAUGCAUGGGACUGACCUACAGUGGUAAGGGAAGAACCCUGCAGUACUGGCACUGGUGCUUGUUCUGGUAUUUGGAGUACUUCAUGCACACACCCUGGGAUGACUCUCUCAAUGCCAGUAUUCAGAGCUGAGACUAAUCACUCCGUAGUCUGUGUGGCAAGAAUUGGGUGGCUAGAGUAUAUAGUACAGGGAUGCCCAUAGGGUGAAACACUUCAGAAGCAGAGUGUUUGGUGUGUCACUGAACUGAUGUGGUUGAUGCCCAAACUCACCCUGCAGGCCACAGAGAUAAAGCUAUUGCAAAGAAAUCAUUUGUUUACACACUGAUAACAUUUUUGCCAAUACAAAUUAUGUAUCAUAAGAAUACUCUAGAAGAAUUACUUGAAAGAAUGAUUGGGUGCCACCAGCAGAUAUCGUAACUGUCUAGUUUACUUACGCUUAAGACUCAUAAUUAGUAAGUACAGAAAAGCAUUGAAAAGAUUUGCCAGGUAAAUGGUAAAAAAAUAAGGACUUCAGCAUCAGACUGGUUUGAAGUUUCUCUUCUUCGAUAUAAUUCCCUAAACUGUGUGUAUGUGGAGGAAUGUCUGUCUGUGGAAGUGUUCUGAUGGUUGAUACUGUUGUGCGAUGGUAGACAGUUGUGUCCAACCAGCCUAUUGUUGUGCCUGUAUGGGGGGAAAAGAGGGAACAAACGCAGUGUUGUAAAUUGUCAUGGUUGGAAUUUGUAUGUAUGUUUAUUUUCAAAGAUGUCUGGCAGAAGAGAUGUUUCAGACAAGUGACAAGUUUCAUGACAAAACCAAUGCAUUUACUGUUAGACUUGCAUUACCAAACAAUAAUUUGUAUGAUAAAUAAAUGUAUGAAACAAUGAA